UUCAAUCCUCUCUUUUUCGUGGGUUUUAUAAGUAUGCGAUAUGUAUUAACAGCAACGUGCUGGUUCUCUUUACUCCAUCUUUGACCCUUCUGUCUCUCUGUAUCAAAACUCUCUACAUAUUAAACAUUUUUCACGUUUUACAGAUUUUUGUUUUUUAGAAAUAUAAGCAGGCUGCAACUUCUGUUCCCUUGAAGCUUUUCAAUCCAUAAAAAAAGGGAAAUCAUCAUGGAGGGAAAGUAUGGUUUGUACAGACAACGUAGGACAUCCAUGAGGAAUGAAGAAUUUCAAGAAGAAGAUGUUUGGGCUGUUUUCCAAGAAAGAAAUGACUUUACUUCCAAAUCCAAGUUUGGUUCAUCCGAAUCCUUGACAAUUACUCCACGGCGACUCCCAACUGCUUCUAGAAUGAUCCCAAGAGCUGCCACUACCAUCGCUGGUGCUACCACCACCACUCAAGAACCCAAAAUAGUUCAGCAAUCCGCGCCUGUCAAGAUACCUGACUGGUCAAAGAUUUAUGGGAAGAACUUGAAGCAAAUCUUUGAUGAUGAUGGUCAUGAAGAUAGUGGUGGUGGUGGCGGUGGCAGUAGCGGUGAUAGGGGUUUGAAAAGUAGUUGGGAUAGCGAUGAGGGUGAUGAUGAUGACUAUGGUGGAACUAUUGUGCCCCCACAUGAGUGGAUUGCUAGGAGGCUUGCAAGGAGUCAGAUAACUUCUUUUUCUGUAUGUGAAGGGGUUGGGAGGACUCUCAAAGGGAGAGAUCUCAGUAGGGUGAGGAAUGCUGUGUUGACUAGAACUGGUUUUCUUGAACAGUACGGGCUUGAUGAUCAUGAUCAUCGUUAUCAUGACGGUGAUACAAAGUCACCAAAAUGAUUGGUAUAUGAUGGUCUUAAAUGUGUCCCCAUGGAAUUAGGGUUUGUAUUGGUAUUUGUCAUGCUGUGUAUAUGGCUUUCUAGAUCCCCUCUUUUCCUUUGUUUUUCCUUUCUUCCUUCGGGUUAGACAUUAUGAUUGUUUGGUAGUCUCUUCCAGUCUAUGAGAUUGUUGUGUGGGCUCUUUUCUACAAAAGCAAUGUUAGGAACACAAAAUGGACUGCACGAUAGUCCACAGGUUGGCAUAAUAUCCAGUUAUGGUGGAGUUCGCAUUCAAAAUAAA